CCUAUUUACCUAUCUUUCGCAUUGUUGUAUCACAACUUUUUCUUUUGCUCAGAUUCAAGUGAUAAUAACGCUGGAUGAGUGAAAAUUCGUGGUAAAUUCGUAGUGUUUUCCUUAGUUUUCCUUUUUUGAGGCAUUUCUUAAUUUGUUCGAACGUAGUUUUUUCAUUUUGCGAAGAAAUUUCCGAAAAAUUGUACUGCGUAGCAUAUGCAAAGAUUAUUUAGCUGACGUUUUUAUUACCAAACAUGUCAGAAGCUUAUGAUUAUAUGUUGAAAUUCCUCAUAAUUGGAGGAGUUGGUAGUGGUAAAUCAUGUUUGCUUCGUCAAUUUAUUGAAAAGAAAUAUAAAGCUGAAACCAGCCACACAAUAGGAGUCGAAUUUGGAUCAAAAAUCGUCGACACUGGCGGAAAAUUCGUCAAGUUACAGAUAUGGGACACAGCUGGUCAAGAAAGAUUUCAAGCGGUCACUAGAAGUUAUUAUCGUGGAUCAGUUGGUGCUCUGUUAGUGUUUGAUAUCACAAAUAGAAAUACUUUCAAUGCAUUACACAAUUGGCUGGAGCAAGCACGUUCCUUGACGAAUCCUCACAUUGUGAUUUUAUUAGUUGGCAAUAAAAAAGAUUUAGAAAGUGAAAGAGAUGUAACCACCUUGGAAGCGGAACAAUUUGCCCACGAAAAUGAACUUAUUUAUAUGGAAACCAGUGCUAAAUCAGGAGAAAAUGUCGAGGAAGCGUUUUUAUGGUGUUGUAAACAAAUUGUCAACAAGAUUGAAACAGGUGAAUUGGAUCCAGAAAAAAGUACCUCUGGUAUACAAUAUGGACAUUUAGCGAAACGCCCAAAUAAUUCAUCGGCGCCCAGACGUUUAGUAGAUAUCGAUCAAAGUAGAUCGAAAUCGUGUGUACUAUGUCAGCCUUGAAAUGUAUUUCUAACUUUACAAUGUUUAAAUUACUCAAUUCGGUGCGGAUUUUUUCCUACACUUUUAACCACUUUAAAUAUUGAACCAUUCUUCUUUACCUGAGGUAGAAUUUUUUUAAACGAUUGUCGUUGUUUUUCUUUUUAUUAUUUAUUCCUCCCAGAUGAUUAAUUUUCUGUUUUAAAACCGAGAUCUAAUAGUAUUUCUUAUUUUGUUCUUUUUGUUUUACAUAUCUUUGUUUAGUUCUUAUUUGAAUUUUUAUUUUGAUAAUAUUGAUUUUAUUUGUAUGUUUAAGAUGAUAUUAAGUUUGAAUUAAUCGGAUAAAUUUAACGGUGCGAGGUUUCUUUCGUUUUUAUUUACCUACAUGUGUAUCUCUUUCAAAUGGCAGCAGUCUUCACCCAGUAUAAUAGUUAAAUUAGAAUUUAAAUUACAUAUGUACAGUAAGAGUAACCAGAGAAUCCUGAAUUCUUACAACCUACCAUUAUUCUUUCAAUAUUUUGUUCUUUGUGUUAAAUAUUUUAUAUUAAAAAUAAUACUUUCCAUUA